CAUAAACUGUGGAGGGGGAAGGGGGUUGUAUGGAUGGAUCACAUUAGUAUUCCUGUCCUAUCAAUGUGCGGGGCCGCGAACCACGUCAGCCGGACCGACUCCCUGCGUCUGCCAGUCCCGCCACGGAUUCAUUUGGGAUCCUCAAACAGACAAGCCCGUGGAGACGAGGGAUCAAGACAGCCGAUUAGAACCAAUUGCCUGCUUCGGGGACCGCCAGCGCUUCGAGACCUGGUGACGGGGGAGGGAGGGGACAGACGAACCUAGCGCCGCUGCGGGAAGACACCGAAGCUAGAGCGACACUCUCCGCCCGGCACCCCCAUCUGGCAGCGCAGGCUGUGAAAGCUGCUCUCCCAUCUGAAUGGGAACUCGGAACCGCCGGGCGGCGCGUUCCUUCUCCCCCAGCCUUGCAGUCCAUGCCGAGGGGAAGGCGGUGCGAGCCCGCGCCAGCGCCCAGCUCCCGGGACAGGGCCGGCAGUGCUGCUGAUCGGAACUUGACGGAGCCCCUUCCUCGCUGCUAGUGGAAGCGAUGCUGCACGGCACAGCCAGCGCUUCCCCAGCUCUCCUUCAAGCUGAAGGUUACCCACCCGCGCAGCCAGCCCCAACCCUGUGAGCGCCGCGCCUCGGGUCCCGGGUCCGGCUGCUCGGCGGCGGCGCGCAGGGCAACGACCGGGCCGCCCGCGCCGGGGCGCACUGCACCAGCGGCUUCGGCUUGGUGGAUGUGUAUGCAUGAGUUCUGCACCGAAUGGGCGCAAAAAGCGCCCCAGCAGGUCCACCCGCUCCUCGAUCUUCCAGAUCAGCAAGCCCCCGCUGCAGAGCGGGGACUGGGAGCGCAGGGGCAGCGGCUCCGAGAGCGCCCACAAAACCCAACGAGCCCUGGACGACUGCAAGAUGCUUGUCCAAGAGUUCAACACACAAGUGGCCCUGUACCGAGAAUUGGUCAUUUCUAUCGGGGACAUCUCAGUCAGCUGCCCAUCACUCCGGGCGGAAAUGCACAAGACAAGAACCAAAGGCUGUGAAAUGGCCCGCCAGGCACACCAAAAACUUGCUGCCAUCUCAGGCCCGGAAGAUGGUGAGAUCCAUCCAGAAAUCUGUCGGCUCUACAUUCAGCUGCAAUGCUGCUUGGAAAUGUACACAACGGAGAUGCUAAAAUCCAUAUGUCUGCUGGGGUCUCUUCAAUUUCAUCGAAAAGGAAAGGAGCCUGGUGGGGGAACCAAGAGUCUGGAUUGCAAAAUUGAGGAGUGCACUGACACACCGGCUCUAGAGGACUCCUCAUCAUCCCCUAUGGAGAUUCAGCAACAUUCCUGGCAGGUUUCCACAGACAUCGAGAACACUGAAAGAGACAUGCGAGAAAUGAAAAACCUUUUAAGCAAACUCAGGGAAACUAUGCCUUUACCACUGAAAAAUCAAGACGACAGCAGCCUUCUGAACCUAACUCCCUACCCUCUGGUUAGAAGACGGAAGAGAAGGUUCUUUGGGCUGUGUUGUCUCGUCUCAAGCUAGGCGAUGCCUCCUGGAAACCCACCACUGGGAAGACCUGAAAAUCUCAAGGACCCGAGGACCUCCGGACAGCUGAACCACAGUUAUUGGUUUCUGACUAUGUUUUCUAUGCUUCCUUAUUACUUUUAUCUGCCUCCCCCUGCCCUUUUAAAUGAUUUUACAUUUGAAAGCAGCUGCUGUCAAGGGAUUAAAAAAAAAAAACAGAUUCAAAAAGCAGGCUGUUUUUAAAAGGAUUUUUAAAGCUGACAUUGCAUAUGUCCGCUCCAAACCACACCAUGACAGAUGCAGGAAUUAUGAUUUUUAAAUUAUUUAAAGGUUUUUUUAAGUGUAUUAUACAGAGAAAAACUAUUUCAUGUAUAAUAGUAUAUCUAUAGCUCUUGCUGAUCUCAUGUUAACAAUUUGUCAUAUAUGAGAGUCUUUCAACAUAGAAAUCUAUUGAAAACUGCAAAACUGUUCAAAAAUCCAGUGAAUAUUAGAAAUAGUAUUAUAAUCGAACAUACACCACCUCACCUAUUGCUUUCUCUGCACUUAAUUACGUUUAGUCUUCCAUUCUGUCAGAAUCUAAGAGCUUCAACAUAAAAAUACCUUAAUUUAUAAUGCAACAAACACCAUAUAUGAAAAGUAUUUAAAUUUUGUAAAUACACAAUAACCCUAAUACCUUCAUCCAAUGCAUCUGGGCAACUAAUUUCCUUUUGAUCCAAUGGUGUCUUUUUCAGCUUCUUGGAGAAUGAAGUAAUCCCGUUAGAAAAUGGUGUAGUAACAUAUACAAUUAUCCUCAAAUGUAAAAUUGAAUAUUAUCACAUUUUGUUCUAAUUGAAAUCUGAAGCAUGAUGUCUGCACAUCAGCCUAGUGUUAAAUCUUAUAGGGCAUGCUGAAAUUAGCUCAGACCGUAAAAAUACUUAACAUUUUACAUUGUUAAUAAAAUUCUUUUUAGUUAA